UCAGUCGCCAUUCUCCUCCUCGGCUUCAGAUGCAUUGUCACCUGUCAUGAAGACACACACCCACACAAACCUGGAUGUGACGCGGGUCGGUGUGAGUCUAUCUGUCGUCCGCUGUGUGUGUCCCUCCCUCGUGUGUACCUCCGCUGUGCUCUCCGUCGCUGUCAUCAUCCAGAUCAUCCCAGUCACCGCCAUGGCCGUCGGAAUCUACACCACACACAAAGACAGACAGAGAAGAAAUGCCAUCCGUCCAUCCAUCCAUCUAUCCAUGGCCACCAUGUGUGUGUGUGUCCCUCCCUCCCCUGUCCGCACCGUCAUUAUCGCCACUGUCAUCGUCUACUUGUCCGUCGAAGAUGUAUGGCGCCACUCGUCCCAGCGCCACACGGGCCAGCCGAGUGGUCACGGGGAAGCAGUCCUUGAAGGCACCACCACUCAUCUCCCUCGACCCCACAGCCCCGGGGACCUUAGACACGGCAGCCUCGGUCGUCUUGACAAGAACCUCCACUGCAGACAGACAAUGACACACAGAAACGACACAUGUGGCAGUUUACGAUCAGAGCCGCCUGUCUGUCGCCCUGACCGGUGCCGUCCUCCAAAUCCUCAAUCCCAAGCCACGCGACGAAGUCGUGGCUGCUGUCGGUCAGCACCAGGUAUCGCACACAACCGUCACUGCUGAAUGUGGUGGUGCAGCCGGCCACUGGUGUGUGGGGCGACUGGGUGAGGAGGGAAUCCAGACGGCCGCCACCAACACGCCUGAACCAACCACACCACACACAAACACAAUCAAAGACGCACCCCUCUCACCCACUGGUGCCAUCGGUGGGUUACCUGUUGAGGUCUAUCGAUGCGCAAUAGGUGCGCCAGUGGUGUUUCCACUCGAAGUGGUUGAGGACCAAACGCUUGGCCCACGACGACGCCGACGCAUCGUCGGUGCGGUUGCCGAACCCCCCACCCCCAAAUCCGCCGUCGAAUUCGUCCCAGUAGUUGCGGCUGCGCACUGGUGGGUCAUGCUCUAGUCGGUGCUGCUCAUACAGGUGGCCGGCAGGGAGGGGCCCGUCAUCGAGGUCCUCCUCGUCCUCGAUGACCUCCUCGUCCUCGAUGGCCUCGUCCUCGAUCACGGGGGCAUCUAUGAGCAGCCGGUAGUCGGCCUCGUCCUCGAUGGCCUUGUCAUAGAAGGCCCGCACCUCAUGGCCAUGGCGGAACAGCUUCAGCCGGCUGCCUUGCCCUUCGCCGUCCUUGAACCGCACACGGCGGCCCACCACCAUCAGCUGCGCCAACACACGGGGAAGCGACACAUACGCCUGCACACACGACAACACACACACACACACACACACAUGGAUGAGCGAAUAAGGCGAUUUCUUCCCCUCCCUCCCGCCCUGUGAGUCCCACCGUCUUGUCGGCAUGUUUGUUGAUGUUGGCAGCAGUGACCUUGACAGGCAGCUUGCACCUGCCGCACUGCUCCGCCCACCGCAGCACCUCAGCCACCUCGUCCCACGUCUGCUCCUCCACCAGCCACAUGGCCGCCAGCACCACACCUGGCUCAGACACGGUCUGGGCGUCGAAGACCAGCACGGUGUCGAGCCGUGUGCCGUCGGCGAGCAGUUUGUGGUGCAGCGAGUGGGUGAGGCGGGUGCGGAGGGCGGUGAGAGGGUAGUCGACGAGGCUGUGGUGGCGAGCCGCCAUUCUGAGGCUGCCGACGUCCUUGACCUUGAGCAGCCGAACUCGCGAGCCGCCGAAGAUGCAGCGGACCGCCUCGUUGUUGAUGACGGGCGAGUCCAGGUCGCUGCUCCUGCUGCUGAUCUUGGUGGCACCUCCCUGUUGCUGCUGUGUCGCUGCCGCAGCACCACCCGCACCAACCGAGCCACCUGAAGGCACCACACAGCACAGGAGGGUCAUGACGAUAUGCAGUCCACCAACGGCAGCCGAUGCUUUGCGUACCUCCACUGUGUCCACCACCAGCAGGGCUGAUGUCUACGCGUCUACUCUUCUUGGCGCCGCCGUCAUCAGCAGGCGCCUGACCAGCGACACACAUCAAUGAGUUUGUCUGUCUGUGUGUCUGUGUGGGUGUAGGCUUGAGAGCGUACCGCUUCGCUAUGCUGUUUGUUGCUGUCGGUCUCCUUCGGUCCCACGGCCGCCUCGCCGUCGACAUCCAUUCGCUGACAUAAACACACAUCGACACACAGAGGAGUGGACAGACAGACAGACAGACAGACAGGCAGCACAGUGAAUGAAUGGUCGGUCUAGCGCCUCCCUCCCUCCCUCCCUCCCUCCCUCACCGAUUGGAUCUGAUCUAUGACAUCUCGCAAGCUAUCGUCCGACAAGUCGCCCCGCCCACCUGCACCACACACCAUCACCACACACACCAUCACCACACACACACACACACACACAUGACAGCCGUGUGUGUCCAUUGUGUGGGUCAUCGCCCACCUCUGGAGGGAGCCGGGGCGUCGUGGCUACUGUCCAU